GGCGGGACCGCGGGGAGGCCUAGGUCGCGGGUCCUGAUCGCGGGUCGUCGGUGACAUGGAUGUCGGGAGCGGGGUUAUCGAGUGAUCGUGAUCGGUGGGGGUGUUGGAUGGCGAGCAGGCAGCGGGCGGCGCUGUGAGGGAGCGCGGCGGCGGCGGCGGAACUCGAGUGUCCGAGGCCUGAGGCCCAGCGGGUUGCCAGGGAGACGCGGGCCCCGGGGGCACCGCCACCACCACACACACGACCAUGAGCUCCCGGGUGCGGCCCCAGCCCCAGCCCCAGGCUCAGCCUUCCUCCCGCCUGCAGAAGGCCGGCGGUGAGCAGCUGGAGAUGAGCCGGGUGCGGGGCGCGGAGAGCCGGCCGGAGGAAGAGGAGGAGGAGGAGACCGCUGGCCCCGGUGGAGGAGGCCGAGGCGGAGUCGGGGGCCGCCAGGCCUGGAGCCGGGACAACCCGGGCUACGAGCCGGCCGACGAGGAGGUGGAUUGGAGGGCGGCGCCGGGAAGCCCCAGCCCCAGCCCAGAGCCCCGGCAAAGCGGCAGAAACGCCGGCCUGUACUCCACCUCCACCUCCACCUCCACCCCGGGGGUCCAGCACAGCGGGCGGCCAGGCUGCGGAACCACCCUCCUCCGCAGGAUCCGAGCUUUCUGGGGAACCCGGCUGACUGGUGAACAGACUGUCAAUAGGGAAAGAUACCUGCAGAGCGUGCUGCGGGAGCUGGUGACCUACGCAAUCUUCAUGGUUGUUCUGUGCAUCUCAACCUAUGGGAUGGUCAGCUCCAACAUGUACUACUACACCAAAGUCAUGUCCAGUCUUUUCCUCGACACUCCACUUUCUGAAAAUGAGAUAUUGAAUUUCAGGAACAUCGCCAACGUGGAUGAUUUUUGGAAGUUCACAGAAGGUCCUUUGCUGGAUGGGCUUUAUUGGGACCAGUGGUACAAUAAUAAAACACUAGGCAUGAACCAAAGCUUCAUUUAUCAUGAAAACCUGCUUUUGGGAGUGCCUCGCAUCAGGCAGUUGAAAGUAAGGAAUGAGUCUUGCAAAGUGCAUGAAGACCUAAGAGAUGAAAUCAAGGAAUGCUAUGACGUCUAUUCAGUUGCAAAUGAAGACACUGCAUCGUUUGGUCUCAAGGAUAAAACAGCUUGGACUUACACGAGUGAGAAAGAUCUGAAAGAGAUUGGCUACUGGGGGUUAGUCGCCAUCUACAGUGGAGCAGGAUAUUACUUGGACCUGGCAAGAAAUAGAGAUGAAACGGCCACAAAGUUAAAGGUGCUGAAGGAGAAUCUGUGGCUUGAUCGAGGCACCAGGGUUGUGUUCAUUGACUUCUCUGUCUACAACGCAAACAUUAACUUAUUUUGUGUGAUCAGGUUGGUGGUGGAGUUCCCUGCGACGGGAGGUGCCCUUUCUUCAUGGCAAUUUCAGACGGUGAAACUUAUCCGCUAUGUCUCAUCGUUUGACUAUUUCCUGGCAGCCUGUGAAAUUGCUUUCUGUAUUUUCAUAUUUUACUAUAUAGUCGAGGAGUUUCUGGAGAUCCGUGUUCACAAGCUGCGUUACUUCAGGAGUGUCUGGAACUGUUUGGAUAUACUGAUCAUUGUGCUGUCGUUGGUGGCAAUCUGCAUCAAUAUUUAUUGUACAGCAAUAAUUGAGGAGGUACUUGGAGAAAUACUGGAGAACCCGACUUCAUACCCCAAGCUGGAGCCUCUGACAUACUUGCACGUUCAGUUCAACAACAUGGCAGCAGUGGUUGUGUUCUUUGCGUGGAUUAAGAUCUUCAAAUUCAUUAGCUUCAAUAAGACUAUGAUCCAGUUGUCUUCCACCAUGUCUCGCUGUGCCAAAGAUGUCAUGGGCUUUGCCAUCAUGUUCUUUAUCAUUUUCCUGGCCUACGCUCAGCUGGCCUACCUCGUCUUUGGUACCCAGGUUGACGACUUCAGCACUUUCCACACUUGCAUCUUUACUCAGUUCCGCAUCAUUCUGGGAGAUUUCGAUUUUGCCAAAAUUGAAGAAGCAGACCGGAUUCUGGGACCAGUUUAUUUUGCCACUUUUGUCUUCUUCAUUUUCUUCAUUCUUUUGAACAUGUUUUUGGCCAUCAUUAAUGACACCUACUCUGAAGUGAAAGCUGACAUGGCCCAGCAGAAGAGUGAGAUGGAGCUUACUGACUUUAUUAAGAAGGGAUGUAGCAAGGCCAUGCUGAAACUGCAGCUAAGGAAGUCCACUGUUGAUGACAUCACGGAGAGUCUACGGCAGGCUGGAGGGAAACUCAAUUUUGAUGAAUUGCGACAAGAUCUGAAAGGGAGGGGUCACACAGAUGCUGAGAUAGAAGCAAUCUUCGCCAAAUAUGACCAGGAUGGGGAUCAGGAGCUGACCGAACACGAACAUCAACAGAUGAGGGAUGACCUAGAGAAAGAGAGAGACGACUUGGACCUGGACAGGAGCUCAUUGCCUCGAUCAACCAGUGGCCGAAGCUUCCCGCGGAGCAUGGACGAUUCAGAGGAGGAGGAUGAUGAAGAUAGCGGUCAUAGCUCAAGGAGAAGAGGGAGCAGCUCCACAGGGGUGUCCUACGAGGAGUUUCAAGUCCUUGUCAGGCGCGUGGAUCGGAUGGAGCAUUCCAUCGGCAGCAUCGUGUCCAAAAUUGAUGCCGUGAUUGUGAAGCUGGAGGCCAUGGAGAGAGCCAAGCUGAAGAGGAGGGACGUACUAGGCAGGCUGCUGGAUGGUGUAACAGAGGAUGAGCGUCUGGGCCGGGACAAUGAUGUGCACCGCGAGCAGAUGGAGCGCCUGGUGCGCGAGGAGCUGGAGCGCUGGGAGUCGGACGAGACCGUGUCGCAGCUGAGCCACCACCUCGGGACCCCGCUGGGGAUCAACGGGCGCUCCCGCUCCCACAGUUCCCGCCCCUCGUCCUCUCAGUCCACUGAAGGCUUGGCGGACGCCGGGGGUCUUGGGGGCAGCCAUGUCUAGAGCUUUCAUUCUGCAGCUGGAGAUGGGCUUGUCCGUUAAUCUACAACGUCGCAUUGCGCAGACGUUGCAUCAGUAUUUACACCUUGUUUUUUAAUGCAGUUGCGAAUUGAUCAGUUGAGUAGGAAUGAUCACACCCAACACCUCGGCAAGGAUUGUACAGCCAUGUAAUCAUGGAUUUUUAUAAACUCUUACCUGUAGCCUGCUUUACUUCAAGAAAUUUAGAGGAAGCUGCGUGCGUAUUUUCCUGCACCCGUGGUACAGAAUGCUUUAGCUGGAGAAACUCCCAAUAAACCGGGGCAGAGCUGUGUCUCGGCAUUAAUUGGAGAGCUUCAGAGAUCAACCAUGAUGGGAUUUAGGUUUCAUUCUUUUUCUUCCCUCCCUUCAACCUAAUCAAGUUUCUUGCUUAGUAAAGGUGUCAAAGGUUACGGGGAGAAGGCAUGAGAAUGUGCUUCAGAGGGAAAGAUAGAUCAGCAAGAUUGGAAAGAUUGAAUGGUGGAAUAGACUCGAUGGGCACAAUGGCCUAAUUCUGCUCCUCUGACAUGAACAUGAAAGAUAUUUCAGCAAACCAGUACACGUAACAUUGGCCUCCGUCCAUGCUCUGUCGAUUACAAAUGGGUCUUCUUAAACAGGGUUAGAGGUUAAGAUGGGUAUAGUCACUCUGUUAUUUCAACCCAGUGGACAUCUGUAAUCUGUAAAACGAAAUGAGUGAGAAGGAACGGCAGAUGCUGGUUUAAACCGGAUAGACACAAAAAACUGGAGUAACGCAGCGGGACAGGCAACAUCACUGGAGAGAAGGAAUGAGUGACAUUUCGGGUCGAGACCCUUCUUCAUACUUCUAGUCGGAAGACCCGAAACGUCACCCAUUCCUUCCCUGUCCCGCGGGCUGCGUUACUCCAGCUUUUUGUGUCUUAUCUUCUGUAAUCUGUAAACUCCAUCUUGCUGCCUAUUAGUUUGGCAGGAUGUGGUGUUUUCAGCAAAUAGUGGUAUGGGUUUGGGAACGUUGCCUCACUCAUUCUCCUCAGAACCUCUGUAAUUUAACCUCUGGAUUGUGAUUUGGGAUUUUUUUAUUUUUUUUUUUAAAGCUAUAGUUUAAUAAUUAGCAUGAAUCUGUCCGAUGGUGUCAGGGAAGAAGCAUGACAUUAGGAUUAAUAACAUAUCCAACAUAGUCAACAUGGACUGCAUAGUCCACGGCAGGGUGGCGCAGCGGUAGAGUUGCUGCUUACAGUGCCAAAAACCUGGGUUGCAUCCUGACUACGGGUGCUGUCUGUACGGAGUUCUCCUUUUUAAUUUAGUCUAGAGAUACGGUGUGAAAACAGGCCCUUCAUCUCACGAGCAACGAUCCCCGCACACUUACACUAUCCUACACACCGUAGGGACAAUUUACAACUGCACCAAGCCAAUUAACCUACAAACCUGUACGUCUUUGGAAUAUGGGGGGAGACUGGAGAUCCCGGAGAAAAGCCGCACAUGUCACAGGGAGCACAUACAAACUCUGUACAGACAAGCACCCAUACUCAGGAUCGAACCCGGGACUUUGGCGCUGUAAGGCUGCUAACUCUGCCACUGUGACACCUUUUGUGCCGUCCUUGAUGACUAUGUUAUUAAUCCCAAUGCCCUGUGACCGUGUGGGUUUUCUCCGGGUGCUCCGGUUUCUCCCACACACAAAGACGUGCAGGUUUGUGGGUUAAUUGGCUCCGGUAACAUUGUAAACUGUCCCUAGUGUUACGGAUAGGGCUCGUACGAGGUGAUCGCUGGUCGGUGUGCCAAAUCCACGCUGUAUCUCUAAAGUCCAAAGGCAUUCUGUGAUCUCCAGCAGAGUUGUGUAAAUAGUUGUGAAGUGCAUCUGCAUUUUCUCAACUGAAUGAAACCUACUUAACAAUAAGAUCCUAGCUGACAAUAAGAGCUUUAGAAGGUAAUAUUAGAAAAGUUGCCUUCAUCAGUUUUCAUCCUGAACUACAGUGAAUUACAAGCUAGGAGGAGCUGUUUAAAAGUGUUUGAGGAUAAUGGAUGCAGGGGCACAGAUUGCAUGGAAUUGGUUUAACCAGAAUGAUUAGUGACACAAGCAGAUCCCACCUCUCCUGCCAUCUUCCACACUCCACUUCCCCACAAAUCCUUGGAUUCAGUGUUGUGUCAGUAAGAGGGUGGGAUUGAGGGGCCGUGUUGUGUCGUCUUCUCCUGUGUCAGAUGUUGAUCAUUGAACACAGAAGGGAAGGGAAAGCCCGACUUAAACAUUCUUGCGGAUUGCUUACUGGACCUUUCCAAGAAUUGCCAGCCCCUUCACAGUCCGGACUCCUUUUGCCAUUAAUCCUUAAUGAUCCUUCAGUGGAAUUUGUUUAAACAAAAGUUUAUUUUUUAAAUUGUAAAGUUUAAAAAGUUCCUUCAGGAUUUUGUGCACGAAUCAGUGGAGAGCCACCUAAAUAUUGUGAUUCACAAUUGGUAACAAUAGAGAUUUUUGGGAUGGCUUUAGAGGCUAGAGUGGACCCGGGGAACUUGAGAUGUUUGUUCAUAAGACACAAAGUGCUGGAGUAACUCAGUGGAACAGGCUGCAUCUUGGGUGAACAUGGAUAGGUAACAUUUUUGGUUGGCACCCUUCUUCUGUUUUCACGUUUGAAGAAGGGUCCUGACCUGAAAUGUCACCUAUCCAUGUUCUCCAGGAAUGCCGCCUGACCCACUGGAUUACCCCAGCACUUUGUGUCUUUUUUUAAUUUGAGGCCGGAGGCUUGGUUAUUCUAAAUUACCAUUGUUGAAAUAGUCCUUAAAAAGAUAUCCAGUGUGUCUUUAUCCCAAGAUAGGAAAACCAAGAACUAGAGGGCAAAGUGUGGUGAGAGGGGAAAGAUUUAAUAGGAGCAUGAGGGGCAGCUUUAUCAGACAGAAGGUGGUGGAUGUGUGGAAUGAACUGCCUGAGGAAGUAGUUGAGGCAGGUAUAAUAACAGCAUUUAGGACAUUUGGACAGGUACGUGGAUAGAAAAGGUUUGGAGGGAUCUGGGCCAAAUGUGGGCAAAUGGAACCAGCUCAGAUGUGGCCUCUUGGUCAGCAUGGACAAAUUGGACUGAAGGGCCUGUUUCUAUACUCUGACUCUAAUUGAUUGAGGAAAUAUGUAAGUGGUGAGCGGAAUUGAGAGGGUGGGAGUGCUUUGUGGCGGAAACAUCCCAACUGAAGGUUAAGGGCCCUGUUUCAGUGCUUUCUUAUCAACGUCUCUAUAAACUAAACAGUAAUUGGCCCUCACCUGUGCAAAGAUUGCUGAAUUCCUUUGCUUUCUGUUUUUUGUUAUGAGCUGCCUCCUAUGAGAGAUGCUUUGUUGGACCUUGUUUUUGAUGGUAGGUCGCAUAGUUCUCACCCAUCGAAGUGACUUUCCAUCAUUGCCUCAAACGCAUCUUAAAGAUAGGACCUGGUUGGCAUUACCGUUGUGAUAAAUAUGGAGGCACAUGCUUGUAAAACUAUCUUGAAACUUUGGAAACCCUCACAUUGCACGGCAGAAGCAUUUGGUUUCCGCAUUUACCAGCAGCAACAAGGAGACCAUGGAUAGGUGAUGUUGCAGGUUGAGACCCUUCAAUCCCGAAACGUCACCUAUCCAUGUUCUUCGGAGAUGCUAUCUGACCCCCUGGGUAACUCCAGCACUUUUGUCUUAUUUUGUAAACCAGUAUCUGCGGUACUUUUUUUUUUCUAGAAUUCCAUGUAACCUGUGCUGUUAUUAAGUCUGAACUUAUAUUCCACAUUAUUAUUUUUGCAUAGUUGCCUUUCUAAAUACAGAAUGAAAAUGCUUUGAUCUGUAUUCACUUGCCAUGUAUAUUUCCCUUUUAGUUUAGGUUUGACAUUACCUGCAUAAUGUUGAAUAUGAAUUCAUGUACCUAUUAAUGCAUCACAACUUUUUUGAACAAAAAGAUUUUUAUUAAAGUGAUGUGUAGGAACUUUAACAAACUUCAUUUUGAAGUGCAUCAUUUCAUGGGAUGUCCAUGUUAUAUCUUGACGCUGUGCGUGCAAAUGCAUAAAGUCUAGUUUAUAGAACCGUGUUUUUAUAUUUUAAUAUCUCAUUUGAAAUAUCCAGCUUCCCCGUGCUACUUUUCUAUAACUAGGUACACUUUCUUUACAAACUUUCCAGUAGGUUUCAAGUCUUCCAUUGUUGGAGGUUUUUUGUAGAUUACGGGCAAUUGUAUGCAAGCACUUUAUAAUAAAGUAUAUCUUUUCUGCUGA